AUGUUCUACUCAACUCCAAUCUUCCUCUUCCUAGCCCUAAUGGGAUCAGCCACCGCACAGACAAGACCACCAGUUAUUUCUUCGGAUUACACUAAGUUCUGCUCUUUUGGAGGGAAGGCGAUGUGUAUAGGAGAUGACAACGACUGCCUAAUUGGUAGUCUCGACGCCAGCUGUAUUGCCGAGGGCGUAGGGGCCCAUUGGUGCUCUUGUACUAGAAACAAUGGUCCAGGAGCAUCGCCCCCUAAACCAGGCACCACGGUUAUAUUUAACCACGUUAUUUGUUCACCAGACCGCGACUGUUAUGAAUGCCGGAAGCCAAAGAAGGGACCAUUUGGCGAUGAGGGACCAGACCCGUACCCUAAUGAGCCAAAUCGUGGGAAAAUUUUUAAGGAUGUUUGCUAG